AUGCAACAUAAGCUUAGACUGAAGGUUGUACAGCAAAGCUGUUCACAUUACGUAUGCUUCUUGGGGACAGACGAUGGACAAUUAUUGGUUCUUAAAAGAGACGAAGAGGAGCUACAGAUCGACAUUAAGAUCGAUCAGCUGACGAACAACACAGGCAGGGCAGCGAUGACUCAGAGCCUUCAACGAUACGACUUCUACCUUCUUCAAUUCGGACUUCUUCUCGCGGCAUCCAUGACGGCGCACUCCAUGGCCAUCAAGCGUACUGCUGCGCUUUCUUCGUUUUCAUCUGCCAACGAGGUGCCCAGUAGCGGACAGCCAUGGCUGCAGCAGCCCAACUUUCCGGCGGUUGCGACUCUUACCACGUUCCGGAAUUUUCAUCCCGACCCAAACCGAGGCGGAAAAUCGUCCCAGCAUAGUUUUUCCCGAACCUUAGCAACGCCUUUUGAGAUUCAGCUUCCUCGCUCAAGCUCGACCUUCCCUGCAACUUCUAACUUUCUUCCUGUAUAUCUUAAUAAGAAUUUGAUAUCGAAUAGGAGAAAUGGUUUGGGCUCGAACAGACUGUCAGAAAACCCGAUGUUUCAUAAAUUUCCCGGUAAUCCCGCCUUCAGCAGAACAGGAAGAUUCAUUGUAGGUACAAGUGUUGGAGGCAGCGAUGUUAGAUCAGAAGUUGAUGCCAUGAGUUCCAGAUCUCGUAAUCUACCAAAAUCUCCCGGGGUUUUCAAUGCCUUUCCGACACCAGUCAAUCAAAAAUUAAAGAAUCAGAACAGUAUAUUUCCAGCUCCUUCAAAGUAUAGACACAGAAAACAUAACUUGGGUUCUCAUAGGUCAGGUUUUGACGAACCGAAUUGGAUUAGUAAUGAGGGAAUAGUGAAAAAUUCAUUCUCAUUAUUCGGUGGUCGCCCGCAUGAAAACAUUAACCGCCCGAGAUCGGUUUCGUUUGUUGCCCCCGGUACCUCUUCCUUUUCCGAAAGAACAUUGAAUACACAUGGCUCAUCCAGAGCCCACACAUCAAAAAAUUUGCGCCAUAAUUGGUCAUCAUUCAAGACUGACAUGAAAGAUCAUCAAAAUUCUUUGUCCCGAGAUCAAGCUUUCCCUGGACGCGGAUUAAUUUCCAGGAAUAAAGAAACUACCAAGCGUGCAGCACCGAAUUACGGGCAAACAUUUUCACGGAUAAAUUUGGGUGAUGGAAGAUUAUAUGUGGAUUCUGAUGAUUUUGGACAUGAAUAUGGAAGACCGGAAAAAACUCAAAAAAGACACCAGAUCAGCAGUACUACAUCGUAUUUUAGAAGACCAGACGAGAAUAAAUAUCCGCUUCUGAGAGGUAACUUUGUGGGCGAUAGAAAGUUUCUUAGAAGAUUUUAAGUGAAAGAUAAUGUGCGCUUUGCAGUCUACUUCACAAGUUAUUAGUGAAAAUAUAGACAAAUAAAAAAUAUUUAAUUGGAAUCGAUAAUUGUACAGUGCAGUUUAUAUUAAAAUGUGAUUGCUUUCAUGAUAGUGAAAUCAUACCGUGUUUGGCUUUAUUAAGCCUGCAGUAUAUUAAGAAAUAAUUAGGAUCUGGAAAAAAAUAAUAAAGAAAAUAUUUAUGAUAUAAGUACCCGCAAAUUACUCAAUCGAAAGAACUCUGAAUGAGCCCAUGGGUUACUAAAUAUGAAUUUAUGGUCCGUAUUUAUCUAAAGGAUAAGUUUAAACUUCGUUUUUCGGAGUGGUUUAGGCAGCAUGAAAUGCCUAAUUCCGCCAUUAAUUACCAAUUUUUUUCCAUGGCUAACCAUUCUCUUGUGUACAAUAGCUUGAGAAAUAAAAUUAAAGACAUAACUCUUAAGAGCCUCAAGUCCAAAGUCACUUCGUAGACUUAUCCACACUUCACUCACAUAUAUUAUUAUUCAUCAUAGGCGUACUCCACACAUACCAUCUCUCCACCUAACCGUUAUCACUAAUCAAUGCUUGUUAAAGAGGUGAAUUUUUAACCCAUGAUUGCUCAUGUUUACUGACAACCUCAUUUUGAUUUUUUUAGUUGGCAGGCCCUUUCAUAAUUGAACUCUUAGUUAACUUUCGGAUCUUGCUAUACUUUUGAAAAUAAGUAUUUAGUAGGACGUAAAAAGAAGUUCCACACAAAAUUGCUCCAAUUUUUUGAAUAGAUUAUCAUCUUUAUACACGAGUUCUAAACAUCUCGACGACCAUAUUUAAACUAAAAAUGCAUAUGUGGAAGUUAGUUUUGUGUUAAUUUAAAGCCUUUCCUUUCGAUAUAAAAGAGCGAUUCAAUCGCCUAUCCACAUUACCAAUCGGCCGUGAUGUAUCAGAGCCUGAAGAUUUUGAUUUUUGGUGGUGGUAUCAUGCACCGAAAUAAUAUGCGUUUAAAAAUUACUUUUUAAAGACAACACUUCUAAAGA